AGGGAGGCGGUCACACGCAUGCGCGCGCUCCGGACACAGCGGCGAAUUGUUUAUGGAGAAACGUGACGAGAAAAGUUUCAAAGCAGAAACUGAAGAGAGAGAGACAGAGAGGAAGAAAGAAAGAAAGAAAGAAAGACAGAAAGAAAGAAAGAAAGAAAGAAAGAAAGAAAGAAAGAAAGAAAGAAGAGGAGGAGGAGGAGGACUGUGUGCAGGCAGGAUGGAUGUGAUGUCACACUGCACUGGCUCUGAAAUCACAGAGGGCGGAGCCAACAAGAACCCGGUCCAAUCAGAAUGCAUCUCGAGCCAGCCGACAGCCAAUGGGACGCUCCCGCAUCUCAACACAGAUCCCGCCCCUGCAGAGGAAGCCCCGCCCCCACUCUCUGACAGGACAGAGGACAGUGGUGAUGACUCUGUAACGGACAGCUCCCCCACUGAUGAUGUCUCUCGCCUCCUGCCCGCCCAGCCUGCCUCCACACUCCGAAAACAGAAAGGUGUGGACAUGUCGUCAGUGUCUCCUCCUCCCAUCUGUGCUCCUCCAUCUUCCUCCCUCACCUCUCCUCCUCCUCCUCCUCAUCAGUCAUCCACCUGUAACAGAAACAGCUGCAACCUUCAUCAUCAUCAUCAUCAUCACGGACACAGAACCAAUCAGAAGCGUCUCUCCUCCACUAAGAGCCACGCCUCCAUUAAGACGGACGCCGCCCACAUUAAGGAGGUCGCUGGAGAUGACUGUUGCGCUCACUGUCUCCUGGCAUGUCUCUUCUGUGAGCUGCUGUCCAUGUGUUCGGCUCUGGGGGAGUGUCUGGCGUGUGGAGUGGGCGAAGCCGGGUGUUGUGAAGCUGCGGGUGGCUGCUGCUGCUGUGUGGAGGUGGCAGGAGAGGCGGCCUGUACGGAGGAGGCAUGUCAGGCCGUGUUGGAUUGUGGGAUACUGGAGGACUGCUGUGGCUCGUCCGACUGCCUGGAGAUCUGUCUGGAGUGUUGCUCCAUCUGCUUCCCCACAUAGAGCAGCCAAUCAGAGAGGGGUCACAAGAUGAUGUCACAGACUCUGUUGCCUGGAGACGGAGCAGCUUCGUCCUGGAAAGACAAAACUUUAUUGUCCAUGUUUGAAAGAAGUCAGAAUCUUUUUUAUCUUUAUUUGUUUCAAUGAUGAACAAAUGACACAAAGACUGAACUCAGAUCAGCUGAUCACGUUUUGUUGCUGUGUAAUGUGCUUUCUCACGGUGCGUUCACACCAAACACAAAGUUUUCACGCGACAUAACCACAAACAAAGCCAACGCUAAAGGUCCUGACGCACCGAGCAGACAGUUGGCUGUUGCCCAAUGAUUGACUCGGCUCUACCUGACUCCACUAAAUUCUACCCGUCUCGACUCAACUCUAAUCAGUCAAACUUUGUGUGACUCGACUCGACUCUACCUGAGUCAACUUGACAAUUAACAAUGAGCCGGCAGUCGGCGGUCCCUCAGUGUUGGGCCGUCGGUGAGCAUUUGUUGCCCUAGUCUUAGCGUGUCCUUCACCGUUGGCCCGAGUCGACCCUUGUUGGCUUUAGUGACCGAUUCAGCAUGUUGUGUCUGUGACAGCAGAGCUCAUCAAGUGAAUGAAAUCACUCUGAUUGGCAGCUCAGCUCAGCUCAUGAGAAGAGAAAGUGAGGAAAGUAAACAAACAGCUAAAGUCCAGAGGGCGUGAGACCAAAUCAAACUUGUUACAGAAGGGGUGCGUUCGGGAUUACUCACGCCGAGUGUUGGAGUGCACUCUGCUUCCUUUAAGGCCAGGACUUGGUCUGAUGUAAUUGUGACACAUGUUCAGACCUGCACUGACGAUGAUUUUAUACUUAAUUUUUAUUAUGAAUUUUUUGUCUAGUUAUUUUAUUAACUUAUUACAGUAUAUUACUUAAUUGUUUGACUUCAUGAUCUAUGGAUACACUGCUGCUUGGUUUUUAACUGUGUCUUGUAAAGUGUUCUUAAGCACAUUGAAAGGUGCUUAUGAAUAAAAUGUUUUAUCAUUAUUAUUAUUAUUAUUAUUAUUAUUAUUAGAGCCUCUGUGAUCACUGUGUUCACGUCUCUUGAUUCCAGCUGUCAGCUGUACUUUUAGCUAUAAAGCAAGUUAGCACUAGCUUUAACGUUAGCUGCCUUCCACAGUUAGCACAGCUGUGAAGGUUGAAUAUUUGUGUGCUGUAAAAUACUCCAAAAAAACACCUUUAUUCGUAACGCGAGACAAACGCUGGCACAACGUUUGGUGUGAACACACUUUCAGCUUUUUAACAGUCGUGUCAGUGUUCAGAUUUCUGUCUCUGUUGGACAGACAGACGGACAGAUGGACCGACGUUCAGGGAGCAGUGUUUCCUGUAUGCAGAGAGGUGGAGGUCAGGGGUGGGGAACAGUUCACUUCCUGUCACACAGCAGCAGUUAAUGUUCACUUUUUUAAUAACAUUCCUGCAAAGCGUUCAAGUGCCAGUGUUGUUGCAGUCCUGCAUCAAACAUCUGGAUCACAAGAGCCUGAAACUUUGUUUAAAUUUCAUAACUGUGGUGUUCAGUGAAGCCAAGAUGGAGGAUGUCAGUCCGCCUGUCUGUCUCAGUGUCCACUGAUCUGAUGUCCUGAUGUGAGACUCUAAACGAGACACAUUCAGGUUUUCACACAGAAUGUAAAAAAAAUGUCACUUUGUUUUGUGGAUCAACAAACUGUGAAAACUUUAUAAUUAAGUACAAAUGAAAUACUUAAGUAUAAAUAAUAAUCGCAUUCUUCAGUAGAGGAUGAGUUGUGAUGAUCACAUGAACAGGUCUUUGUCACGUAGCUGUAAAAAAUAAACACCUGAAUGACGUAACAGCAA